AUGGCAUCUUUCCUCGAAGAGCUUUGGAGCAGUGUCUUCACCCCGGGUCCCACCCCUACUCUGCUUGUCGCCACCAACGCCUCCUUUGCCUGCCUACAGUUCCUACUACUUUGCCUUCUACUUGCGACAUACAGCGCUCACUUCAUCGUCCUAUCAUUAAUAUGUGGCAGUUUGUGGUGGUCUAUCAAUUGGUUUGUCAGGGAGCUUCUCUCUGCCAGAGCAAAGGAGGAAUCAGACAUACAGAAGCAGAAGGAGACAUCAGCGGAGCCAGAGAAAGUACCACUAGGAGAUAGUGACACGGAAACAGAGCCGUCAUCGGGUCUUAUGAAGCCUCCAUCACCUCGAAACACUCCGGCCUCGUUAAAACCAAAGCCAACAGAUGCCGAGGAAGCACUAAGGAAGCGGCGCAGUAUGGGGGAUAGCUCGGGAUACAUCAGUACUGAUAGUGAGUGGGAGAAGGUCAGCAACAACAGCGAAAAGGACAGAUGA